GCCGCCUUCGCCAAGGAGCUCAAGGCCGCCGUCCGACAGGCCUUCGGAGCCACCGCGGAGGAGCUGCAGCGCCGUCGGCGCGAGCUGGAUGAGCUGCGGGCCCGCCUCCAGGCCAAGCGUCGGCGCGCCUCCGACGCGGCCGACGAGCAGCCGGGGCAGGGCGCCGCGGCGGGCGCGGGGCCUGCGAGCGCGGCCAGCGGUGCUGACCCCGAUGCUGGCGGCCAUGCGGCUGGGCUGGCCCGCGAGGCCCGCCAGUGCGCAGCCGCUGCAGCCGCCGCGCAGCCAGGGGGCGCGGCGGGCUCCAGGCCGACGCGCCGCCAUGCCCGCGGCGUUGGGCGCGGACGUUGCGGGGCGAAGCCCCAUCAGAAGCUUGGGCUCCAGCUUAUCGGACUCAAUGCGAACGCCUGGUCCACGGCCAUGGGCUACACCGACGAGGCUCAG